AUGACAAUUCCAGUUGUAAACCAACGGAGUGUUCAGGUUGAAACAUUGCCAGAAAUGAAAGAAAUAGUCCAAGAUGAAUGUGCUCCUCCUCCUCCUCCUGAGAAAAUUUACAUUGCCGUUGGAAAAAACUUGUCUGAGAGCGCCUCUGCUCUAAAAUGGGAGCUGCAGAAUUUGGAUAAAAGGGAAGAAACCUUACUAAUUCUUCUUCAUAUUCGUACUCAACUUCGCUACAUUCCAUCGCCUAUUGGGAAAAUUCCUUUGAACCAAGUAAGCGAGGAUGUCUUAGUAGCUUACAAGAAGGAUGCAGAGAAGGAGCUCGACAGUUGGAUGAAUCAAUACAUGGAUAUGUGUUCCAGAGCCAAGGUCAAAGCUGAGGAUUUGAUUAUUGAGAAGGAGGAGGUUUCCAAAGGGAUUGUCGAAGUGGUUUCAGAGCGAGGUAUCAGGAAACUUGUAAUGGGAACAUCUUCAGCAGGCAACGCCAUUUCUAGGAAGGGGAAAGCAUACUACGUUCAAAGGCAUGCGGGAGAGUCGUGCGACGUUUCUAUUGUAUGCAAGGGAAAGCUCGUGCUACUCAAGGAAGGAUCUCCUGGUCGGAAAUCGAAGAGAACCAGAAGUCCUUUGGCCGAUUGGCUGAGGAAACGAUCCGAAGCAUCCAGUGUUAAACCUUCACCAAAUGAUUUUAGCCUGUCGGUUUCAUCGCCUGCAAACUUCAGAUCGGAUCUGGACAACAGUAAUCCAGCUCCGUCAAAUUUUCAGCGAGAUUCUAUGGCUGCUGGGACCGAAAAAGUGGACGAUUUGGAAAUAACGGAAGCGAUUGAAGAAUUUUGUUUGGAUUUGGAAGCGGCAGACAGGCCAAAAAUAGAUGCUGAUCAAGCUUACAAUAUGGAGCAUGAGCCUACAGAAUCUCGAGAAGCGAAUACAGAUGCCGAAGUCCUGAAAAUUCAGCUUACAGAAGCAUUGGAAGCAGUCGUCAAUGCGAAUAAAGAACUAAAAAAUGAGAUCCUGAGACGCAAGAAAGCAGAGGCGGCUGCAAUAAAUUCAAUUCACAAGUACAAAAAUCUUGAAGCCAUCUACAAAGAAAUAGCCAAAGAGGAAGAGGAGACAACCUUGCGUUUGAAGCUUUAUGAACAGAAAUGCCAAGAUAUUACAAGGCGACGAGAUGAAGUCGAAGAAGAAGUACAAAAAAUGGCGGAGAAGCUGACAUCACUUAGGGCAGAUGUGAACGAAUACUCCCAUUCGCUUGCUUAG